AGAUUAGAUCCACGUCGCUCUGGCUGUUUACCGUGAAGCACCUCAUCGUCACCUACAUUCCGAAGUCAACAUUCCAACAGCCACUACGGCAAGGCACUUCGAACACCUGCGCUAUUGCGCCCCUCUUCUCUCUUCACUUCUACUACAUUCCCGCGACAGACACGUUCGCUAGCCACACGCAAGGGGCUCAGUCCGGGUAUCAAGCAGCCAGGGGCACUUCGCGUAAACAGCACUUCGUCGGUGGCGCAACUAUCGGCAGUUGGUGUUUCUCGAGCAUCGAAACAGGUCCAUCUUUCCUUCUUCAACAUUCGUUCACCCCUGGUCCCGGCACCUGCAGCGCAAGAUGGCCGACCACCAACCCAUCACCACGAGGACGACGCCGUCGCCUCAGCCCGACAUGUCGCGAAACCGACUUCCGACUCUGUUCGAGGUGCUAAGCCGGCGCACACUGCCGCCAGUCGACCUUUUCUCGUUCUACAUCUAUAUGCGGGACCAGCAGAGAUCUGUAGACUACCUCGACUUCUGGCUGGAUGUGGCACAGCAUAUGUCCCUGUGCCGUCACUAUGUCCGGGAGCUUCGACGGUCUGUACUCAUUGGGACGCCUGAUAUGGAUAAGUCAGCCUCUAAGAGAUCAUCGGCAAUUCUGGAGAAUAUCGGCGACCUAGAACCUCGAUUGGCCGGUCCCUCGAUGUACGCGACCGAGAAGGAGAAGAACCAAGAUGGUCAACUGUCUGCCUUCCUUCGUGAGGACGUGGGUCAUGACUCGCCCCAGAGCGCUUCCGGUCAUGUUCGACCGAGCCCCCAGUUUAGCAACUCUCACGAUAUUACCACCGAUUCCAAUUCCCCGGCUCACACUGUCGCGCGACAAGAUAUCCGUGCGUCGGCAGAGAAGAUCCUCUUCACCUUCCUAAUGCCUGGUGCUGAGCGAGAAAUCACUCUCCCUGGAUCCAUCACGCAGGACGUUACCACCGCCAUCGAAGAGCUUGGUCGCGAUGACCCAGAGGUGUUUGACGUCGCCAAGGACUAUGUGUUUCAGGCUAUGGAGCGAGAUGCGUUUCCGGGGUUUCUAAGAAUGAAGGCACUCGGUAACCUGAUCCCUCCCACGCUUAUCAUGAGACUCAUCGUGGGUCUUAUUGCCAUGUUUGGAGCUUUCUGGACCGCCUUUGUCUUGAUUUUCCUCAACAAGUCUCGUCUUACGAAGUGCUGGCUCAUCCUGCCAUUCACUAUCGGUGUCUACUUCCUCUCGUCUUACCAAUACUCCCUUGAUCCCAUCAUGGCCCUGGUCGGCUACAGCGAAUACACUCCGUUCAACUUCUCCAAAAUCCGGGAGCCUUACGUCCGCAAACUCCUCGCCAAACGAGCUCUCAUGGUCCUGGCGAUAACCUUCCUUGUCGAUGCUGCUCUCUGCGUCAUGUUCAUACUCGUUCCUGGAAAGCGCCUGUGAGCGAGCACCCAGGCUCCUCGCAGCGGCCAAUGAUGCGGGCCAUUAUUGGCCUCUUGGUUUCUUGCUUGCUUGCUCUCCGUCACCAUCUCUGUGAGAUAUUCGUGGGAAAGCAAGAUUUACGACCGUCAUGAUUUUGAGAGUUUGGUUAGUCAACCAGACCAGGUAAUCUGGUGAGGAGGAAAUGGAAUUAUUUUCGGGCUAUGGCGUCGGAUUACCACCUUUUGUUGUACCAUUUAGGGCUUGUAUGUAGACUAUUCACUCAACCCAGAGCUUCAGAUCCGCAUCUCGGAGUUUCUGGCUACGAUUUUUUUUAUAAUCAAUCAUUGCGGAGUUAGGAGGAAGCAAUGGAAAGGGCACUUUGUACUAGAUAAGGUUAACAAGCAGGCGU